AUGGAAGAGGUGAAUUAUGAAACCAACUUGCCAGCGGAUAUCCCUAGUUAUCUGUCAUCUCAGGGGACAUUAGCUGACAGGCAGGAUGGGUAUGUCUCCUCAGAAAGUGGAAGCCACCACCAGUUCGUCACUGCUUCGGGAGGCGGGUUUUUCCUGCCACAACAUGAAAGUACUGGAGCCUGCAAUAUUGACAACAGCAGUGAAGCCGAUGUGGAAGCUGCCACAGAUCCAUUCCUCUGUCCCUUUUUGGGUUCCUCAGGCCCUGUGUAUUUGAAGGGGGGCGUGUAUGGCCCCGAUCCCUUUGAAGCCUAUCAUACAGGUUGCAGCACUGACCCAAGGACAGCGUUAGUGGAUCACUAUGAGCCCAAUUACGUAAAGAAAAAGGGUUGCUACCCACGUUCGCACCCCACAGAGGAGUCCUGUGAGCGGAGCCUCAGUGGCCUGGGGUGGCCUGCCCAUGUGAAGAAGCUCGGGAGCUCCAGUUACUGUCCAAACGAAGGACCUCUGACGAAAAAUCUGUAUCUAAAUAAGAACUCUUCCGAUUUUAGUUCAGGUCUGGAACCAGCACCAGUUACUUCAACUAACCCUUUCAUGGGGACAUUUGGAAAGCCUCUGAGAAGAUCUCACUUAGACGCCUUUACAAGCUUUGGACAACUGUCAGAUUGUCAGCCGAGAGCCUUUCCCUUAAAAACUCCUUCUUCCCUGGACGACUUGGACUCUGAUUCAGAAGAUGAGAGAGAAAGGACAGAUUUUCAGGAAGAAAAGCAUACACGUACCUAUAAACAGACUUUAGAAAACUAUAGGACUCCAAAUUUUCAGUCUCAUGACUUGGACACAUAGACCGAAGGAGACCAAAGAAAACUUUUAACAUACUACCUCAAGUGGACUUUUAUUUAAAAGAGAAAGAAUCUUAUGUUUUUAAAUGGAGCUAUGAAUUUUAAAAGGAUAAAAUGUCUUAUUUAUACAGAUGAACCCAAAUUACAAAAAGCUAUAAAAAUUUUAUACUGGGAGUAACUUUCAUAUAAAAAUACCUUUUAAAGUAUUUUAUAACUUUGUUUUAUGCAAAAAAAAAUCUUAUGUAAAUUAAUGGCAUAAAUUCAUGACAAUUUUAUGUAUUUUUAUAAUACCAGAUUUCUUUUUAUUGAAAAUAAGUACUAAAACCUUUUAAAUAAUACUUGUCUUGUACCUUUUUUGAAUAGAGGUUACUU